AGCUGCGGGAGCCGCGGAGAGCACCAGCCGCCGCCUACGCGGGAUCCGCUCCGGCUGCACCAUGCGUGAGCUGGCCAUCGAGAUAGGGGUCCGAGCCCUGCUCUUCGGGGUCUUCGUUUUUACAGAGUUUUUGGAUCCGUUCCAGAGAGUCAUCCAGCCGGAGGAGAUCUGGCUGUAUAAGAACCCUCUGGUGCAGUCCGACAACAUACCCACCCGCCUCAUGUUUGCGAUUUCUUUCCUCACGCCCCUGGCCGUCAUCUGUGUGGUAAAGAUCAUCCGGCGGACGGACAAGACUGAGAUCAAGGAAGCCUUCUUGGCGGUGUCCCUGGCUCUCGCGUUGAAUGGAGUCUGCACCAACACGAUCAAGUUAAUAGUGGGAAGACCUCGCCCCGAUUUCUUUUACCGCUGCUUUCCAGAUGGAGUGAUGAACUCGGAAAUGCACUGCACGGGGGACCCCGACCUGGUUUCCGAGGGCCGCAAAAGCUUCCCCAGCAUCCACUCCUCCUUUGCCUUUUCUGGCCUCGGCUUCACGACUUUCUACUUGGCUGGCAAGCUGCACUGCUUCACUGAGAGCGGGCGGGGCAAGAGCUGGAGGCUGUGCGCUGCCAUCUUGCCGCUGUACUGCGCCAUGAUGAUCGCCCUGUCCCGCAUGUGCGACUACAAGCAUCACUGGCAAGAUUCCUUUGUGGGCGGAGUCAUCGGCCUCAUUUUCGCGUACAUUUGCUACAGACAGCACUACCCGCCGCUGGCCAACACGGCCUGUCACAAGCCCUACGUCAGCCUCCGCGUCCCGACCUCGCUGAAGAAAGAGGAGGGCUCGCCCGCCGACACCGCACCCACCCUGCCUCUGGAGGGGAUCACCGAGGGCCCCGUAUGACCAGCGCCCUGGGGACAGGGGGACGGAUGGUGAGCCCGGGGCGCGCCCUUCCACCCGACAUCACCACGCAGUAGGAGAGGUCUCCUGUAGUGUGUUUGCCAUGCGUCGUUUCUCACAGUGACCCUUCCGCUUCCAUGUUGCCGAUGGUUCCCGCUCCUUGACGUGCCGACUCUCCGCGCGCCUGAGUUCGCAGAGGAAGGACGCAGGAACCAUCCCAGCCCGGGGAGACGCGUGGAGGAGGCUGCCCGGGCGGGGUGGGUGCCGCCCGGUGGAUUCUUCUGUCUGCCGCGUUUGCCGUGCGAGCCGCCUUCCUCUGUCUGUGUUCAUGGUUGUAAAGCAUAAUAAA